CCUGACCCGUCCAUCCGUCACCUGCAGGUCUGAGGACGACAAUGAACGUACAGUCAGCGAUCAACAAAGACGUGUUCAUCCCUCGGGAUGAGCGGCUGCUGGUGGCGGUGGAGGUGCAGAGGAGGAGGAGGAAGAGGAUGUCCUUCCUUCCUGCUGCAGCUCAGGCAGAAUACAAGACAUUCAUCUGUGUGUCAGUGACGAACACCCGGCCACAUCAGCUCCUCGUCACCAAGGUGAAGCAGUUUGAAGGCUCGUCCUCCUUCACCAGGAGGUCGCAGUGGACGGUGGACCAGCUCCGUCAGGUCAACGGCAUCAACCCCAACAAGGACAGUCCAGAGUUUGACCUGGUCUUUGAUAACACCCAGGACCAAUGGGUGGCCCGCUCCUCUGCAGAGAAGUGUAUCUUUGUUCAGAUCCUGUACCACGCCUGUCAGACGUACUGGGAGGGGAGAGCAGGGAGUCUUGGAAAGGUGGGCCGCCAGGUGAAACCAGGUCAAAGAGCUCUGCAGGAGGUGGGAUCCAGGGACACCCCACCUGGACCUGCAUCCAGAACCAUGCAGGCCCGACGCAAGAGCUAUGUCCCACCUAAACAGACAGAGUUCAUCAACUGCCAGUCCAAACUGACCGGAGACGCCUGCACCAUGAACCUGCUCAUCUUCCGCUGCAGAGCCUUCCUGAACCGCAUCAAGAACAGGAUGGUAGCAAACCAGAGUCGCUCAGCAGCUGGAGGUGCAACGAGGCCGCGUGUGUCAGGUGGCACUAUGGGUAAUGUAGUUCAGAGGAUGAAUGUGGCUCUGGGGGAGAGAGGAGACAGGCUGAGUCGAGCUGAAGAUAAGACUGUGGAUCUGAUGCACCGAGCUCAGCAGUUUGCAGACACGGCGCACAAGCUCGCUCUCAAGUAUUCAAAGUAAAGACGAGUCCUUCAGGAUCCAGUAACGUGGACUCUGUCAGGUCUGAUCUAGUCGGGACCUGCAGACUGACUUGUCAUGACGCCUGAAGAAACAGAAGACGACUGUUACACUAAGCCCUCUAACCCUCCUUUAUCCUGACACGUCAGCUGAUCAACAGUUACCACUACUCUGUCUGAAUAAUAUCUGUGUUUCCAUGAAUCUCCUUUAUAAUCCUGUAUUUAUAAAUGAGAGGCCCAACCUUCAUCAUGAUGUCAUCAUGUAGAGAGAAAGAAAGCUGGACGUCUUUCUGUAACAUCUUUUAACACUGACUGAAACUCAGCUAUUUGUGUUGAUCAGUAUUUAUGUCUCUAACCUGAGAUCAGUGUGUGUGUG